GGUUGGUUAGAAGGGCUGUCGCGGACAACGCCCACGGAUGUGUCAGCGUGACCCCAAAAUUACUAUUUUGGGCUGAUAGAGAUAAUAGCGCGCGGUGGGCUUUGCGUCAGGCGGCGCACUCACUCCUCUGCGCAUCGGCACAUCAAGUGUCUCAACAACGAGGAAUCAUUCUAUGAGAGCCACCAAACUGAUUCUUCAGGCUAUUAUCACUCCUUGACACCUACACGAACACACUGGCAUCAGCUUCUCACUCUUCGACAUCCAGUUAGGAACACAAAGCUUUAUUGUCCACACCUGUAUCAAGCCAAAGGGGCAGUUUUUGUGACCUCCAUUCUGCCCGGCUCUCCUUUCACACCUUUAAUUGUUAGGAUCAGCACGACAGGGCACAACCAUGCCCAAGAGCAGUAAAGUGACUCAGCGCGAGCUCAGUAAUGAGCAUGUCACGGAGUCUGUGGCUGACCUCCUGGCACUGGAGGCUCCCAUGGACUACAAGAGCAGUCAGAUGAGCAUGAACAUGGCAGGAGGGGGCCCUCCGCCCAUAGGCAAGCCAGAUAUCUCCCCUGACCUAGAAGACGGUCGCCCUGCCUGGAACAGUAAGCUGCAGUACAUCCUGGCCCAGGUGGGCUUCUCAGUGGGGCUGGGUAACGUGUGGCGUUUCCCUUAUCUUUGCCAGAAGAAUGGAGGAGGUGCCUACCUUGUUCCAUACUUCAUCCUUCUCAUCCUUAUUGGCAUCCCACUCUUCUUCUUGGAGCUGGCGGUUGGCCAGAGGAUCCGUCGAGGAAGCAUAGGAGUAUGGAAUUAUGUUUAUCCACGACUUGGUGGCAUUGGAGUGUCCAGCCUGAUGGUGUGUGGUUUUGUGGGUCUAUACUAUAAUGUGAUUAUCGGCUGGAGCAUCUUCUACUUUUUUCAGUCCUUUCAGUAUCCUCUGCCCUGGAGCGAAUGUCCUAUCAGGAGGAAUGGCAGCCAAGCCAUUGUGGAGCCUGAGUGUGAGAAGAGCUCAGCAACCACGUACUUCUGGUACCGCGAGACCCUGAACAUCACCAGCACAAUCGCAGACAGCGGGGGUCUGAACUGGAGGAUGACUCUGUCGCUGCUGGCUGCCUGGAUAAUUGUCUGCCUGGCUGUAAUAAGGGGCAUUCAAUCUUCUGGGAAGGUGAUGUACUUCAGCUCUCUAUUUCCAUAUGUGGUGCUCUUUUGCUUCCUGGUGAGAGGGAUGUUUCUUAAAGGAGCAGUUGACGGCAUUGCUCACAUGUUCACACCCAAGCUAGAGAUCAUGUUGGAGCCGCAGGUGUGGCGUGAAGCUGCCACUCAAGUCUUCUUUGCUCUUGGUCUGGGUUUCGGGGGAGUCAUCGCUUUUUCCAGUUACAAUAAGAGAGACAACAACUGCCAUUUUGAUGCCGUGCUGGUCUCAGUUAUAAACUUCGUGACCUCUAUUCUGGCUACACUCGUGGUGUUUGCUGUGCUGGGUUUCAAAGCCAACGUCAUGAACGAGAAAUGUGUGGUGGAGAAUGCUGAAAAGAUUCUGGGCUACUUGAACUCAAAUGUGCUGAGUCAGGAUCUCAUCCCCCCUCACGUGAACUUCUCCCACCUCACCUCGUCAGACUAUGCCGAGAUGUACGGUGUAAUAAAGAUUGUGAAAGAAGACAGUUUUGCACAGCUAGGGCUGGAGCCGUGUCUUCUGGAGGAUGAGCUCAAUAAGGCUGUUCAAGGCACUGGUCUGGCUUUUAUUGCCUUCACCGAGGCCAUGACCCAUUUCCCCGCUUCUCCCUUCUGGUCUGUCAUGUUUUUCUUCAUGUUGAUAAACCUGGGCCUGGGCAGCAUGAUUGGCACCAUGACUGGCAUCACCACCCCCAUUCUGGAUACAUUCAAAAUUCGGAAAGAGGUCCUCACAGUGGGCUGCUGUAUUGUGGCUUUUUUGUGCGGCUUGCUGUUUGUCCAGCGUUCAGGGAACUACUUUGUUGCCAUGUUUGAUGACUAUUCUGCUGGUUUGCCCCUCACCAUUGUGGUGAUCUUGGAGAAUGUAUCUGUAGCCUGGAUCUAUGGCACUAAAAGGUUCAUGCAAGAUCUAGAGGACAUGCUUGGUUUCAGACCGUACAGUGUUUACUUCUACCUGUGGAAGUAUGUGUCUCCAGUGUGUCUGCUCAUACUGAUUUUUGCCACUGUGGUAGAGAUGGCCAUCAGCCCUCCGGGAUACAAUGCAUGGGUGCAAGACCUGAUACGCUGGUCCUAA